GUAACCGCCUUGGUUGGUGCCUGUGGUAACGGCGUUACUCUCUGCUCGCUGCAAGCUCCGAAAACAGACGAAGAACAACACAAAAAGCCGAGUUCGUGUGACAGCGGCAGGCCGGCCUGCCCGCCUGAUGCCAGAACCUACGUAUAACCGCUCGCGAGUAACUGAAUUCGCGAAUAGAAAACCUGGGCAACAGAAAGCAGCCGAGGGAGGCGAAGAGGCGGGGCUUCUGCCUCACUGACCGGCCGCUUUUGAGAAAGCCACCAAUCCGGGGACACUCUUCUCUCAUGCAGGCACCAAUAAUGCUGGAGAAUGCUUGGUUUCCUUGUGACGCCUCAGCCAAUCUGAUGACAGGAGAGCGAAGGGUAGCGGCUCUAAAGGUUUAACUUCCGGGUGGGAGUGUGCGAGUGUAUGGAGAAUGAGUUCUCAAAGAGGGAACGUGGUUCGCACGAGGUCACAGCGGCAUCAGAACGCAGAGGUCUUCAGAAACGAUAAGCAUGAUACUAGACCUCAACGCAAGAAAAUCAACACAAAACUACAUGAAGGUCUGUGUCAACACUGUAAAGAGGUCGUGGAAUGGCGUGUGAAAUUCAACAAGUACAAACCACUAACAAAGCCUAAAAAAUGUGUGAAAUGCUUACAAAAGACUGUCAAGGAUUCUUACCACAUAAUCUGCAAACCAUGUGCUUGUGAACUGGAUCUAUGUGCUAAGUGUGGAAAAAGAGAAGAAAUAGUUAUUCCGAUUCAGAUGAGCCCAGUGAAGACUGAGAACAAGCCUGUUGAAAGCGAUCACCAGAGGAAGAGCACAAAGGAUAACCUUGAAGAUGGUGAUGUAUUAAACAUAGGUGGCUUGGAAGAGGAGGAUGAUCUGGAUUUACUCAUGCAAGGGAUUAAAAACUUGAAACCUGAAAGGACAGGAGUCCAGUGACCUCUUCAAAGAGAAGGUUCUUAUAAGAAUUGAAUUUCUUCUGUGUGUGACUGCUAGAGAACUUCGUAGUGAAAGGCUCCUGAAGAUUAAAAUAACUGUGCUGAACCAAACCAGUGGUCCAUCUAAUCCAGCAUCCUGUUUCCAACAAUGGUCAGUCAGAUGCCGCAAGGAAGCCCCCAAGCUCUUGGACAACAGCCUUCACCUGCUGACCUCUUUCCAGUGUCUGACAAUGAGUGGUGUUCUGUAUCCAGAAGGGCUCAUUUAGUUAUAAUGACUAAUCAGCAGUGAUGAUCUAUCCUUCAUGUAUCUGGCCAAUCCCCUUUUAAAAACCAUCACAUCUCUUAGCAGUGAGUUCUGCAAGUCAGUGGCCUGUUAACAUGAAAGAAGUCUAUCCUUUUUUCUUCCUGACAUUUGAGUGUAGUUUGCACCAUACUAAUGAGAGUAUGCUAGCUUAACGUUCUUAUUAACAAAAUCUGUUAAAGGAUUCUAUUACUUCAUAAACUUUUAUUUUACAAAA